AUGGUCGGCGAUAGUAGGCUCCCGCAGCCGCCGCGGAGUUCCUCCAAUCCGCAAGCAGCCAGAAACGCAUCGAUCACGGCGCAAAACGCAGCGCCAAACCCGAUCGCUGCGGCGGCGGCGGAGCUUCCGCCGCCCUCAUUUCACGUGGACGUGGCGAUUGCAGGCGGCGGACUCGUGGGGCUCGCGCUCGCCGCCGGCCUGCAGGCGCGCGGCAUUGAGGUGGCCGUUUUCGAGGCCGCGGCCGCUGCGCGGCGAUCGAACAACAGCACCGGCACGAUUCUCGGCAUAUUUCCCAACGGAUUCAAGGCGCUCGAAGGAUUGAAGCCAGGGCUCGGCGACGCUGUGAUUGCGAGCGGUUCAACGGUCGCGAAACUUACCGUUGCUGCUCCGGAAGGAGCUGAUAUUGUGGAGGAGGGUGGUGCGGUGCAGCAGCAGCGCGAGCUGGUGGUGGUUCGUGCGAAGAUUCUGGUCGCAGCGGAUGGCGUGCGAUCAGCUGUUAGCGCUGCUGACCCUGAUGGCAAGCUCAAAGCGGAGCUCGAACAAACACCCUUUGGUGGCUUUGGCAAGCCAGGUGUCAAGGACCGGUUGAUGUGCCAUGUCAGCAAGAACAUUGCAGACCCCUCAGCGCAUGACACCUGGCAUACCGUGCUCCAGGCGGUUACCACAACGGACCCUGGUAACAUUUACGAGCGGUGGAUGAUGGACCGGCCUCCUCCAAAGGAUUCUUGGAGCGACUCCAAGUGUGGUAACAGGGUUGUUCUUAUGGGGGAUGCUGCACAUGCCAUGCACCCCGAACUAGGGCAAGGGGCUCAAACUGCCUUUGAGGAUGCUCACCAGUUGUCCCUCUGCCUUGCUGAUAUAAAGGAUAGGCUUGCCGAGCCUGCUGCCGUGGCUGCUGCGGUUCGGGAGUACGAGGAUCGACGGAUCGAUAGGUGUGUGAGAAUCCAUACAUACGCCACUGCAGCACAUGGGUUUGGAGAGGAGGCGAAACUUGUGAAGGAUCUUUCUCCUACCGAGAAAAGGAAGCUGUUCAUGGAGUUUCAGAAGUGGAUCCUUGCAUACCCAGACAAGAUCAAGGGUGACCCUGAAUCCACCCACUUCAAGUGA